CACGAGGUACGAUGCCGGUCCACAAACUCGUCUUUAUUUGUCGAUUCAGAUGUCUAAGGGGGGUCUGCUUGCUUACACCGCUACAGCCAGACAAAUAACCUCUCAAUUCUCGACCUUUGAGUCUUGCGGCGGCGUAUCGACAACCAUCCAAAACGCCCGACUAGAGACAUAAAGCGAGGGAAACACAGCAAUGGCGUCUUUUCUGUAUAAAGCGCUGGAUAUCAACAGCCAUGAGAUACGCAUCCUUGAGUUCAGCCUUGAUAUUGAAGAAUCGCGGGGUGCCGUUUCAAAACUAAAACCUCGUUUUCGAGGAACGUUGAAGCACGUGUCUCUGAUUGACACCGAUCCAUACACCGCUCUAUCAUAUUGCUGGGGAGACCCGGCUUCCGACGAAUUUCUCCGGCUAGAUAGUGAAGGAGCACAGGUUCAAUCUAUUGCCAUCACGGAAAACCUCCACCGGGCUCUGUUGGCGGUGUGGGAGCGGAGAGGAGAGAAACAAGAACUUCGAAUUUGGGUUGAUGCUCUCUGCAUCAAUCAAAGCGAUUUAUACGAACGAAGUCAGCAGAUUCAAAUGAUGAGGCAGAUUUACUCCAGGGCAGAGGAAGUGCUGGCCUGGAUUGGGCCAAUUGCGGGAACUGCUCCAUCGCCAGCGAUUGAGAGAUCUCUUCGCAAAAUGCAGAUGGUCAUUCCUCGGCCAACUCUAUCUUCGGAUCAAGCUCGAUCCUCGAGAUCAGAUUCAAUGCUGACAUCCGGGGAAGAAUGGGAUGUGAUGAUAUCUUUUUUCAACAAAGAAUACUGGAGAAGAGUAUGGAUUAUACAAGAAAUCACAGUCGCUUCGACGGUGACGAUGCUCUAUGGAACUGUUGAGGUCUCCUGGGAUUUCCUCGUCCCCGUUCUCAGAUCGCUCGUCAAGGAAUCGGCCCACGGGCAUGAAGAGCAAGGAAUUAACAUCAGUGGGAUCGGAGCAAGUCAUCUCCUGAGAUUCAGGGAACAUUGGAUUGACACCAACAAGCCAAUCAGCAUUUUACAAGCCAUGACAUGGACCACCCACACGAAAGCCACGGAUCCCCGAGACAAGAUAUUUGCCUUGCUUGGAUUAUGUCAUGACGGUUUCCGAAUCGUGCCAGUUCCCAACUACAAGCAGUCACUAAAAUCGAUCAUUUCUGAAAUGAGUAGGCUGAGCUUCAGCCGUAAUCGGAGUUUGGAUCAGAUCUGCCUCAGAGGGGCUGAUACAAAGCCGCAAGAUUCUGCCGAAAUACCGACCUGGGCACCAAACUGGCCUAGUCUGUGGUCAUCACCAUACAUAACCACACUCGAAAAAUUGAUCUUUCGUUCUCCAAAAUCGUUCGAUUUUGAUCCUGUUCUCACAACUUCCACAACCUCUGUGCUUAGAGUGAAAGCCAUCUAUGUUGGUUCCAUAAAUGGGAUAUCCUCUUCUUUGGAAAGUCACACACAAAGUGCACAACUCCAACAUUCUCCAAAACCUUACAUAUUCUCAACUAAAAAUCUGCGAAAAGAGCUUUCUGACUUGGGUGCCGCCACCGAGGAACACGUGCGGGUUCGAUUGUUAAUUUGGAGGACGCUCACAAUGAAUUGCUUGGGUGUCGACAUCCGCCCAAAUGAGAUCGAUGAAUGCUUUAGUAGCCUUUGGACGCCUCAAGGUAGAGGCUCUAUCUACAAUACUCAGAUCAUCAAUUGGUUAGACAGCAAUGCCUGGUUCAAGAUUGGACCCUGGACCAUUCGGGAGUGGUCACAGCUUCAGGCACGAGUGUCUGAAACUCAGAGUUCCUGGUCAUCUUCAAUUAUCAGUUCAAGGGCAAAGCAAGUGAAUGCAGAACUCACUGAGAGAAGACGCAUCAAAGCAUGGGACGCUGCCAACCAAGCCUUGGAGCAAGUCUUAGGGAGUGGAAUGAGGCUCGCAGAAUUGAACCACGUAUUAGAGAAGCCGGGAACGGUGAAGUUCAUGGCAGGUCUCGUCAAUCCACAUACAAGAUCCUCAGAUGAAGUUUUCUUUCUAAGAAGCUGCAGCGUUCCUGUUGUCUUGCGACGAAUAGGUUCUGAUGUUAACAAGUAUACGUACCAAGUCAUCGGUGGAGUUUGGCUCAUGGACAGCCACACUGGUGAUCUGGAACAGUUCAGAGCGAAGUUCGACGUUCCAUAUCACGCUGAAGUCGUUGUUUUGGAUCUCGUAUAAUUGGCCGAUGUGGUCCGACCUUGCAAACUUCGGCAAUGAAACGCCACAUAGUAGGCCAAAUUUUGCAAAAGGAGGAUUGAGACAAGAAAUUCUAAAUUGAUCGAG